CUAUAGUAGGCUAUAGUGGCGCGAGGUUCUUUCCCGAGGCCAGUCCUAGUCCAGAGUCGUCUCUCUUUAUAAUCGUCGCGAAAGAAAGGCUCGCACGCACGCAUAUCGAAAGAACAAAAAAAAUAAUAUAUAUCGAGAAAGAGAACGAACAAAAAAAGAAAAGAAAGAAAAAACGAGAGAGAACGAGAUAGAUAGAUAGAGAGAGAGAAAGAGAAGGGAGAGAGAAAGAUAAAAAGAAAUUAGAAAGGAAAGAAAAAAAAGGGGGAAGCACUGACAGCUUUGACAUAAUAACUGUCAAAUAGAAGAAGAAGAAGAAGAAGAUAUAUAGAAGGCAAGUAAGGAAAUAAUAAGAAGAAGAAGAAAAAGAAAAGGGAGAGAGAGAGAGAGAAAGAGACAGACAGACAGACAGACGGACAGACAGACGGACGGACGGACAGAUAGAUAGAGCGCAUGCAAAAGGGCUGAUUGUCGAGAGAUACAUCGGCCCUCCCUUUCUGAUCGUAAUAGAUCGAACGAAUCUUCAUCGAGAUUCGUUGUCUUUCUCUUUAAGUAAAGUGGUGAAACUAAGUGCAAAUACUGUAAGGCCUGCUGAAUCCUUGACGUCAGAGCAGCAGCCCCGUGUGCCGUGUUCAAGGAUACAUCGUCUUCGUAAAAGAUGGCGAGCCAAGAUCCAAAGUGGCAAAAGGAUGCCGCGGAUCAGAACUUCGAUUACAUGUUCAAACUUCUAAUAAUCGGCAAUUCGUCGGUCGGUAAAACGUCAUUUCUCUUCCGUUAUGCGGACGAUUCUUUCACCUCGGCCUUCGUGUCGACCGUGGGAAUCGACUUUAAAGUGAAAACCGUCUUCAGAAACGAUAAAAGGGUCAAGCUACAAAUCUGGGACACGGCUGGCCAAGAAAGAUACAGAACGAUCACAACGGCCUAUUACAGAGGUGCAAUGGGCUUCAUUUUGAUGUAUGACAUCACGAACGAGGAAUCGUUCAAUUCGGUUCAAGACUGGGUGACGCAGAUAAAGACCUACUCGUGGGACAAUGCCCAGGUAAUCCUCGUGGGCAACAAGUGCGACAUGGAGGACGAGAGGGUGAUCAGCUUUGAAAGGGGUAAACAAUUGGCAGAUCAAUUAGGUGUCCAAUUUUUCGAGACAUCUGCUAAGGAGAACAUUCAAGUUAAGGCGGUCUUCGAACAACUGGUUGACAUAAUAUGCGACAAGAUGAGCGAAUCGUUGGACAAUGAUCCAACAUUGAUGGCAGGUGGUACGGGCCAGGCCAAAGGUCAACGACUUACCGAUCAGCCGACCAACCCAUCGAACACUAACUGCAAUUGCUAAGAAGAGAUAGAAAGCGUAUGAUGAUGACAGAGAGCGAGAGCGAGAGAGAGAGAGAGAGAGAAAGAAAGAGAGAAAGUGUGAGAGAAGAAAAAAGAAAAUGAGGAAAAAAGUGUGAGAAAGAGAAAUGGAGAAAAAGAGAGAGAGAGAGAAAGAAAGAAAGAAAGAAAGA